AUGGCUGCGAAUGCCGGAGAGCAGUAUAUGAAUCUUGCAGAGACUCAUGGGGUUGAAACGGCAGGCAAUAUUGUGGAUUUCACAUUCCGCAAUUUAGAGAAGAUGCAAGAAUUGAUAGAAGAAUAUGAUGCCGUGGAGUUGAGCGAAAUGCAACGUAUGCAGAAGCUGCGAGUGUUCUUGACACAGGGGAAGUUUGAUGACUUCAAGAAAAGUAUCGCGCGUUUGGAAAUGGAUCAUCCAUCCAAGAAAGCGCUGUAUACAAUUUUGGAUGCGGAUGCUGUGCUCAAGGAGUACGGAAUUCAUGGCGCAUCUGGAGGAGCGCUGCUUCCUGCUGGAACAGUAUGGCCAUAUCGUCUCGUCACCAAAGUUUUCGCAGCACUUUUGGAAAAACAUUCAGGUCGCCUAACAAUUGAGACAUUUACACCAGUUGAAUCUGUUGAGCACAUUUCAACACUUGCCUCACCCGUCAAAUGUACCCAUCCGUAUGCAUUGCACACUUCUCGUGGCCCAAUACGAGCACGGACUGUAGUUCAUUACACCAAUGGCUACAGCGGACAUCUCCUUCCUCACAUAAGAGGACUUGUCCAUCCUUUCAAAGGCACAAUGACAGUCCAAGAUUCGCAGAAUGCUGUGUCGAAUCAAGGCACGACUGUGUCAUGGGGUUUCCAUUACCCUCCAUCCUACGAUCCAGAAACCCAACGUCUUGGAUAUGGGCUGUACUACCUAGGACAGAGUGCAAAGACCGGUUAUUUCUACUUCGGUGGCGAGCAUGCGCGGUUCGAGGAGUCGGUGUCUGCGGAUGACAGUUUUGUGACCGAUCACUCUGUUAAACACUUAGAAGGCGCCCUCCCGCGAUUCUUUGGCAAAGACGACACAUCCAAUUGGCGUCUGGUCAGUUCGUGGAGUGGAAUUAUGGGUUACUCCUCUGACGGUCUGCCAAUGGUCGGACGAUUGUCACCGAAGUUGACAGGCCGGGAAGGUGAUGGCGAAUGGAUUGCUGCAGCAUUCAAUGGAUAUGGUAUGGCCAACAGCCUGAUAAGUGGCGAGGCGUUGGCUUUGAUGAUAUUGGGUGAAGAUAUGAGCGAUUGGCUCCCAGUUGCGUAUGGACUGGGCGAAAAGAGACUUCGAGAGACGAUCACAGUCCCAGAGGCCGUCAAAGCACUGAGCUCGAAGUUAUGA